AUGGAAGAAGUUAACCAGUCUGUGGUGUCCGAGUUUAUUAUCCUUGGGCUAUGUAACUCAUGGGAGCUCCAGGCCUUCCUCCUAGUGAUAUUUUCUUCACUUUAUUUGAUCACCAUUUUAGGCAACAUCUUCAUUGUGCUCCUAAUUAUCACCAACCUUCAUCUCCACUCCCCCAUGUAGUUCCUGUUAGCCAAUCUUUCAUUCAUUGAUUUCUGCCUUUCCUCAGUCACCACCCCUAAAAUGACCACAGACUUUCUCAAGAAAAACAAGACCAUCUCCUUUGUAGGCUGCAUGUGUCAGAUUUUCUUUGUACAUUUCUUUGGAGGAGGUGAGAUGGUGCUGCUUGUGUCAAUGGCCUACGACCGUUAUGUGGCCAUCUGUAAGCCACUUCAUUACUCCAGCAUCAUGAACAGGCGCAUGUGCAUCCUGUUAGUGAUGACGUCAUGGACCGUUGGCUUUGUGCAUUCAGUAAGCCAACUAGCUAUGAUUAUAAAGCUCCCCUUCUGCGGACCCAGGGAAUUGGAUAGCUUUUUUUGUGAUAUUCCAUUGGUAAUAAAGCUAGCCUGCAUGGAUACCUAUGUUCUAGAAAUGUUGAUAAAUGCUGACAGUGGGGUGCUGGCAACCAUCUGCUUCAUACAGUUGCUGAUAUCUUACUCUUAUAUUCUGUUUACUGCCUGCCUUCACUCUAAGGAUGGAGCAUCCAAGGCUCUCUCCAUCUGUACUGCCCAUAUCACAGUGGUGGUGCUGUUCUUUGGGCCUUGCAUCUUCAUCUAUCUGUGGCCUCUCAGCAUCACCAGGAUGGACAAGUUUCUUGCUGUAUUUUAUACGGUCAUUACACCUCUCCUAAAUCCAGCUAUUUACACUCUAAGAAACAAAGAAAUUAAAAAUGCCAUAAAGAGACUACGAUGUUAG